AUGGUAUCACUGAGCAGUUUGAAAUGUUCGGAGGGACAACUACAGGAAGAACGCCUUACUUCUGAUGACAUACUCGUGGAUUUUUUCAAUGAAUUCCUUGGUCUUCCAUCAUUCACUGAAUCCCUAAAGUAUAACAAGGAAACGGGGGUCUUUGAGGUGGUCAGUGAUGCAGCUGAAACUCUCUCCAGACAAAUUAGAGAUUCAUUGUACAAGUUAAAAUCUCAGCUCUUCACAAAUCCGGCAUACUGCUGUGAAAGUCCAAUGAUUGACGACACUUAUACAGUCCUGUGCUUAGGCAAAGAACAGGGAAUGCAAUGGGUCAAGAGAGAAAGGCUGCCUUAUUUUCUCCAAAGUGACUGCUACUUUGAGUACAGAGGUAUCCGUGGAACCAAAAAAGACUUUGAAGCUUUUAAGAGCUCUUUACAAGGGACAUCAGGAGAGAAAGUGCUCAGUCUCUGGAUGGACAUUGAACAACUGAAGACUCUACACAGCAAAAAGAACAAGAAUAGGCUUUUAGUAAAGAUGAGGAGCAAAUACCUACUGAAUAAUGGUCUCAGUACCCUGGAUGAAGAAUUUCUCUCCAGACUGGAUCUGGCUUGCUCCUCCUGCUGGAAGGAGGAUAAACUGCAUUCUGUUCAGUCCCAGCUCUCUGAGGUCCUGCUCUUGUACUGCCAUAGCUCUCCUGCACCGCAGAUCAGAAGGAUAGAGAAGAUGCUGCAAGCCCUGAAGGUGGAGCCAAGGGCUGGCUUCUUCUUUAGGCACUUUUGUGAGAACUCUGGCAACCAGCUGUGGGAAAAUGUGAUGAAUUUCUGGUCAGACCUACAGGAGUAUCAUCAGCUGUUCCACCAAGGUGGCUUAGACCCAUACAAAAUACAGCGCCAGUCCCAGCUUCUGUACUCCACAUACCUUUGCUCAGCUGGUCAAAUGAAUAUUAGAAUGGAUGAGGAAAGUCGAAGCCAGAUUCUUGCCCAUUUGAGCACCCCCUUUGAGGAGCUGUUUGAUCAGGCAGAGGAGCAUGCGUUGACCUUACUGCUGGAGCCAUGGACUCAUCUGAUGAACCGUGACAGGGAAAUGUAUGAUAGGGUUGAUUUACAGGAAGAAAUGCGUCACGUUGACACAGAGCAUUAUGCUGAGCUCAAAAUGCUGCACACACAAGUCCUGAGCAGACAGGAGCAGGUGCCACCACCAGAGAGACCCAGAGAGUCAAACAUCAGAGUGCAGGUCCCAGAUCAGUUUUGCAGGUAUACUCUGGCAUCCCUAGUCCGCAAUCGCCUGAUGCUCGAGCGAUUUCAUACCUUUCUGGAGGAGAACUUUGCAAGUGUGGACCUGAUGUGCUGGCUGGACAUUGAGGAGCUGAAGAGAAUGGCCCGGAAGGACAAAACCCAGCUAGAGGAGAAGUCCAAAGAUAUCAAGAGCAAGUACCUUAUCAGGGAUUACUUCUUUGGGCCCAGCAGUCCUGCAAACAAAAUGGAACAGGAUGAGGUGUUGCGGCUGGCAGGUGGCAGGGACCAUCUCCUUCGUGGUCAGCUGACGGGUCGAGUGCUGACGGAGGUGCAGCGUCUUGCCCAGAGUCGCAUUGAGAAAAAAUGGUUGCCAGUGUUCCUAGCCAGCCCUGAGUUCAUAGAAUGCCAGAAACUUCGGCCGCGGAUUGAGGAGCUGGCUGAGGACAAGAUCUUCCUCAGGCAACGCAAGAAGAGACAGGUCUGGAAGCACGUGGAAGGAGCAUUCAUGACUUCAUCUAAGGAGGUGCUGGCAUUGCGCAGGGCCCUACUCAAUCCAGUUACCUGCCUUCAGUUCCAGUACUUUGUGUCCCUACAGGGUGAAUUCCUUGAGAAUGAUGUAGUAUUCUGGCUGGAGGUACAGAGGUACAAGGACUUAUGCCAUUCCCACUGUGAUGAAGCCACUGUCCAGCAGAAGGUGACCACCAUCAUCAACUGCUUCAUUAAUUCCUCCAUCCCACCGGCUCUGCAGAUAGAUAUCCCCCCCGAACAGGCUCGACAGAUCCUGGAGAGGAGAAAGGAGCUGGGUCCAUACAUAUUCAGAGAAGCCCAGCUGUCUGUAUUUAGUGAGCUGCUGAAGCUGUGGCCUGAGUUUGUGGAGUUCAGGAACAGUGUGGAUGAGGAGAAGGUUCUGGCGGUGCUGGAGAGCAGGAGGACCAAGCACAGACAGAGACUGAGAAAGGGAAGACGUGAGCUGGACCAGCUGGAGGAAAGCGACCAGGGUGAGCCUGAAAAAGAGCUGACUGACAAUGCCAGUCUAUGUGGGGAAAACCAGGAAGACGGAGGGCGUGAGGAGGACAACGAGGCACUCGUCCAACCCACUCAGACGAUAAUCUGGUCUUACUCCAAAUACAUAGCAGCACUGGAGCAAGAAGACGAGCGACGGAUUCGUAAACAAUCCCAGAAAAAGGACGAGCUGAUUCAGUCACUGUGGAAAGCAUUAGGUCAGAAGGCAGCAGACACAGCCGUCAUUGCCAAACUCCUCUGCCCGCAUCAGACAGGGACCAGCACUCUGCCCACACUUCCAAGACACACAGCCCUGCCAAUCCUGCCACGCCCAUACCAGGUAGGCAUUACCUACUUUAUACUUGCACUGUACAAGUUUUAA